CUGUGAUCUAUCUUGAUACAGUCAAUCAAUUUCUAGUUUCCGCUAGUCUAACCAAGUCAGACCUUGAAACAAGGAAGACGGUCGUUCCUUCUUUAUGAUAUCAAGGGUUUCUGCAGGGAAUCUUCAUUAUGAGGCUCAUAAUGAAGUUCAUCUGACACUGGGCGGUGAUUAUCUCCACUUGUCACUCUGUCCAUCAUGGCGAACCAGUUGGCCCUCCCUACUCUCGAUAAACUUGGAAGUUCAGUUUCUCCCGAUGUCGACGUUCAAGCGGUAGCCAGUCAAUGGUUCUCAGCUUUUACAGAUGCGAUUCAAUCAAAAAACGUGCCAGCAAUCAUAGAUCUCCUUGUCGAUGAUGUCUUCUGGCGCGAUAUCCUGGCCCUCACAUGGGACUUUCAUACCUUCCAAAGCACCCCUGCUGUUGAAAAAUUCCUCACAGAUCAACUCCCACUGUUUACUUUGUCUUCUUUCACACUCAAGAAAGAUCUUGUAGAGCUUCAGAGACCAUACCCCGAUCUCGCGUGGAUUCAGGCAUUUUUUGACUUUGAAACUACAGUCGGUAUUGCCUCUGGGGUGUUCAGGCUUGUACCACUUGCGGAUGGUUCAUGGAAGGCCCAUACGGUCUUCACGAACUUGGAAGAUCUCAAAGGUUUUCCUGAACAGAACGGUCCCAGGCGGAACCACCAGCCAAACCAUGGAAAGUGGGCUGCGAAGCGUGCACGUGAGAUUGAAUGUUUCGAUGAAGAACCCAGCGUCAUAAUUAUAGGAGGUGGGCAGAGCGGGCUUGACGUUGCAGCGCGGCUUAAGAUGCUUGGCAUGAAGAGUCUAGUGGUGGAGAAGAACGAGAGAAUCGGUGAUAAUUGGAGGAAGCGUUAUGCAGCGCUGUGUAUCAACAAUCCCGUCUGGUAUGACCACAUGCCAUACAUUCCCUUCCCCUCCUCGUGGCCUGUAUAUACCCCUGCGCUGAAAUUCGCAGAUUGGCUGGAAUCAUAUGCACACAGUAUGGAGCUCGAUGUUUGGACCAGUGCCACCGUGAUGUCCGUCAUUCCGGGUACGAAGGGAAAGAAAUGGAGUGUCGCAGUGCAACGUGCAGACGGAAGGGAGCGGACCUUUGAGGUCAAUCAUGUCGUGUUCGCCUUGGGCUUUGGCAGUGGUAUGGCAAAAACACCGGAUAUCCCAGGGCAGGACGAGUUCAAGGGGCAGAUAUUGCAUUCCAGUAAACACAACCUUGCGACUGAUCACGCAGGAAAAAAGGUUGUCGUUGUUGGGGCGUGUACGUCUGGUCACGACAUAUGUGCUGACUACGCUAAAAAUGGCAUCGAUGUGACCAUGGUUCAACGCAGCCCGACUUACAUCAUGACCAGUAAGGAGGGUAUGCCGAGGUUGAUGGCGAUGUUCUGGGAGGAUGGCCCUCCCACUGAUAUCGCAGAUCGUGUGGGCGCGUCUUACCCGAAUUUUCUGAUCAAGUUACUGCACCAACGCCUUACGAAGGAGAUUGCUGAGGCGGAUAAGGAGCUUCUUGACGGGCUGCAAAGACAGGGCUUCAAGUUAACAUUUGGCGAGGAUGGCUGUGGUUUUCUGUUUAUGCUAUGGAGUACUGGAGGAGGAUAUUAUGUCGACUUUGGAGCUUCACAGAUGAUCGUGGAUGGGAAGAUCAAACUCAAGAGCGAUGGGCCAAUCUCGCACUUUACACAGACAGGUUUACUUUUCGAAGACGGUUCUAUUCUUGAUGCGGACGUGGUGGUCUUCGCUACCGGCUACGCUGAUGCACGUGCUGCCUAUCGUGCGCUACUUCGGAGUCCUUGCAUGACAAGUUGUAUCCUAUCUGGGGCCUUGACAAAGAAGGAGAGUUGAACAGCGUCUGGCGCGAAAUCGGUGGGCGCGGCAAGGAGGGGGAAGCACUG